GAGCAGGAGCGCCCUGAAAAAAUUUCUGUCGCAGGGCCAUUGACAGGCUGUCAGCAACCGUUUCAUUCAUAAGAAUCGCCAUCAUUAAAUUCUACACAUUAUAUAUUAUGUACUAUCCGAGAAUGCGGUCAUAUUUUCCGUCACAUUUGUCAAAAAAGCACAAAUCAAUAGACCUGUUGUACGACUUGUUGAUUAAUAUGCUAUGUUAAAGCCAGUGUGUCUUAUUGGUGAAUCUGAAGCAAUUUAUUUUGUACUUUUAACCACGUCUAGUUAAUUUAACUCUGUUAAGUGUGACGUUUGCGUUAAAAUUACGCACACGGCGCAAAUGCGUUAAACGCGAUAGGCCCAUAUUUCUGUAUUGUAGCCUAUAUGUAUGUGUGCAUAGGAUCGCGCAGGUUAAAUACUGUUUAUUGAGCGGAACGAGCUUUCGGAGGUGUAAGUCACAUUAUCCCGUUCAAUCAACUUCUGACCGGUCGACACUGACAAUUCCCCCAGGAAAAGGAGCGCGCGCCUUAAGCCCCCGGGUGUGACAGGGGGUUUAUGCGGGAUUCCUCCACCCCAGCGCUUAUAAAGGGCAGAGGAGCCGAAGUCAACGCCACUCAACCUGACUCUCGGUUUCACUGAACGCUAACAGGCGAGAGAAUUAUCAAAAAUGAAGAGUUUGAAGACGCAUAAAUCUCACGUCUUGGCGUUGCUGCUAGUAGCGACUCUCGUUUCUCAUUCUUGGAGCGCGCCAAAGGAUGGUUUUCAACGAAGAAACUGGACGCCGCAGGCUAUGCUGUAUCUUAAAGGAACACAGGGACGUCGUUUCAUAUCUGAAGACAGAAAUGAAGGGGACGUGUAUGAUACAGUCCAUCUAGAGACACGCAGCCAGAAGGCAGAGCAGCUUAGUGUGUCUCGGGCCGCAGCCGUGCUCCUGAACUUCCUCCAACAGGCCAAGGAAGAAGCAGAAGAAAACGCUGAUCAAGUUUACUUCCAAGAUCUUACACCAUGGAAACGAGAUUAUUUCUGAUAGGUCGUUCAUGAAUUUAUCUUUGCCAGAUGAACAUGUUUUAUUUUGUUUCUAUUCUGUAGAGGAAAUACUGAAUUCUGUACACAGUUUUGACUCAGUGUUUUGAAUGUACUGUUAAUUAAAUGAAGUUUGCAUUCGAUUUGA